AACUGUGCUUUGGUUAGCCCCUCCCACACCCUGAGGGCUGGUGGUUUUUCCAGACAAUCUGAUGAAAACUGAAAUCUUUGUGGGAUGAUGAUCCUGGCCUCUGAGAGGUUUGUGAAGGUCACACCCGGGGUCAAGCUCAGGCUCUUUUCAAACUCUCCAUGUGUGGAUGGAGCGACUUCUCCAUGCGUCUUUGUGUGGAGCUGCAAGGUUGCCAGGAAAACAAAUUAAAGAGGCGGGAUUAUUUUUGUCUUCACAUUUCCCAGUGUGGGGUAGGGGGAGCAGCCUCAGUUGUGACGUCAUGGAAAGGUAACAUGGUAUAUAAGAGGGGACCGGAAGUACCGGGCUCAAAGGUGUGUCUCAGGUGUGGGAUUCUACAGCUGCGGAUCCUGUGGCGUCUUUAGUCAGACAUGGUUCGGGUUUUCCAGUCCGCGCUCGUGGUUCUGGUUUUGGUACAAGUUGUGAUUGUGGUCAGACAAACUUCUGGGAAGAAUCUGGUGAGAAAAAAAAGAGAAUGGACUCUUCCUCGAAAACCCUUAAAGGAAAAUAAAGACUACACUAGAGAAUUAUCCAUCGCCAAGAUUUGCUUCGAUUUCCAACAGGACCAAAAGGUUGAGUAUUACUUGGAGGGUCAUGGUGCAAGCCAGAAACCCUUCAACGUGUUUGUGGUCAACCACGAGACUGGAGUUGUCCGUGUGACCAAAAUCCUUGACAGGGAGGAAGUAGACACAUAUGUUAUUAAAGUUAUCGCCAAAUAUGCUAACGGUUUAGAUGCUGCAAGACCGGUUGAACUAAGAAUCAAAGUUGAGGAUGAAAAUGACAACGACCCGGUCUUUCCAGAAACACUAUCUGUGAGCGUGUAUGAGCUCAGACCUAGAGGAACAUUUGUUGUGCAAGUGAACGCAACCGAUGCAGAUGAACCAGGCAACAAAAAUUCAGAACUUGCCUACAGCUUAAUCAGUCAGAAUCCACCGCAUGACAUGUUCAGUAUUAACAAGAGCGGAAUGAUCAGUGUGAAGAAUCCUAACCUGGACAGAGAAAGAUGUGCACAAUACUCUCUGACGGUUCAAGCUAAAGACCUCUAUGGAGAAGAUGGAGGAAGGACAGCAACAGGCGUCAUCAUCAUCAAUGUCUUGGACGUGAACGACAACCUUCCAACUCUGGAGAAAUUGCAGUAUGACGGAAGCAUUGAAGAAAACACACAUAAUGUGGAGGUGAUGAGGCUAAAAUCAAAUGAUGAUGAUUUGGAGGGCACAGAUAACUGGGAGGCUGUGUAUGAAAUCGUGAAGGGCAACGAUGCCGGAUAUUUCAACAUAGUGACUGACCCGAAGACCAACGAAGGAAUCCUAAUGCUGGUCAAGCCGGUGGACUACGAAGAUGUGAAGGACCUCGACCUCGGGAUCAUAGUGAAGAACAAGGCUCCCCCUUUUGAUCCAUCUGCAGUCAUUAAUGGAGCAGAUGUAAAUAUUGGAGGUGGUGCCAUUGGAGCCAGCGGUGCCAGCGGUGCCAGUGGUGCCAGCGGUGCCAGUGGAGCCAGUGGUACCAAUGGUGCCAGUGGAGCCACCGGUUCCGGCGGAGCCACCGGUUCCGGCGGACCCACCGGUUCUGGAGGACCCACCGGUUCUGGCGGAGCCACCGGUGCCAGCGGAUCCUCCGGGGGUUCCACCGGUACCAGUGGAGGUUCGGGAUCAAUAAAAUAUACCAGUUAUCCCGUCAAAAUAAAUGUUAAAAACAAGCCGGAGGGACCAGGUUUUGAACCUCAAGUCAAGAACAUUCCAAUCUCAGAAGGAUUGGACCCAGCCAAUUUGAAAAAACCGAUCGCCACUUACACUGCAAUUGAUAAAGACACUGGGAAACCUGCCAAGAAUGUCAGGUAUUUGAAGGGUCCAGAUCCAGGCAACUGGCUAAGCAUCGACCCAGAAACAGCUGAGAUCACCCUGACCAAGAUACCUGACCGGGAAUCUCCAUACCUUAUUAAUGGGACUUACUUUGCCAAUGUACUAUGCAUUUCAGAGGACAUGCCUGAUAAAACAGCCACUGGUACCAUCGCCAUCAAGGUGGAGGAUACGAACGACAACUGCCCCACCCUGACCACCAACAGCAAGGUGAUCUGCCUCCCAGAGGACAGCUUCAUUGUCAACGGUGAAGAUAAAGACUCGUUCCCAAACGGGCCUCCUUUGCAUUUUGUGAUCGUCCCUGAAAAAACCCAGGGAGACUGGAAGGUAGAACAUCUCAAUGACUCUGCGGUCAUUGUGAGGGCUCAGAAGGAGCUUUGGCCCGAUUCAUACACGGUGGAGAUGGUUGUGUCAGACCAGCAGGGAUUAAGCUGUAAAGACCCACAGAAGAUGGAAAUUGUGGCAUGCACUUGCCAUGAUGGUGUGGUGUGUGGAGCACUUGGAGGCCAGGGUCAGUCAAGAAAAGAUAUAACGCUUGGACCUGCUGCAAUUGGACUCAUGCUGCUGGGAUUGCUGUUGUUACUGCUCAUUCCUCUGCUGCUGCUUUCCUGCAUGUGUGGCUCUGUUGGAAAUUUUCAAGACAUUUUUAGCAGUAUACCUUAUGGCACAGAAGAAAUGCUCAUCAAGUACCACACGGAGCAAAAUGGAGAGAACACGGAGAUUCCUCUUUUGAACACACCAGGAUAUCUGCUCGUUGACUCAGCAAAAGGUCACUUUGCAGCAGCACCUGCAGAGCUACAGCAGUCGUUUGUGGCCGGAAACGAACUUGGCACUCUGAGGGGCUACAGAGAGACAGGAACCAUGUUUAGCGAUGGACAGUGGCAGAUGAACCAGUGGGGCAGUGGCCUGUUAUCAGCGUCGGAGGUCCAAGAGUUUGGACAAGGGGGAGAGGGAAACCUUGCACUGCCAGAUUCCUACCUCAGAGACUACUACGAUCAGAGGACGUCCAUAAACCGUUCCGAUGCAGUGAAGGACAGCCUGCUGGUCUUCAACAAUGAGGGGGAGGGUUCCCUUGCAGGCUCGUUGGGCAGCUGCAGCAUGCUGGAGCAGGAUGGAGACCUCCAGUUUUUGGACGAUCUUGAAAUAAAGUUCAAGACUCUAGCUGAGAUUUGUGGAGGCAAAACGGUGGUGUCUGAAACCAAAGCAGUGUCCAUUCCUCCACCCGUCGCCUCUGUAGCCAUGCCUAAGCUCUCUGAGUCAACCUUCGAGUCAAACAUGGUGACCACACAACGCGUGGCCCCUCCACCCAGUCUGCCACCGACCACCAUCAGAGAAGAACGAACCGUGGUCACCGACACAACCGACCAUUCCAAAGUGCUGAGGGAGGAUGCGGCUAUGCUAAGCGAGGGCAUGACCUCUAUGGCAACAGGGAUGGGGGGCCAGAGCCAAAUGCUGGUUUUGCAGCAGCAGCAGCAGCCGGUCUACUACACUGCCGCCCCCAUGCUGCAGCCUAUGCAGUACGUUGUCCAGCCGCAGUUUCAGAACGCCGUCAUCCUGACCGAAGCUCCAGCCGCCGGCCUCCAAGAUGUAGUUCUGCUUAACGGCUCUGACAUCGGAUCCAACCCAGGAAUGAUCAUUCAGGGUCAGACAAUGAUGCACAGCGGACACGCCCAGGGCACCGGCACCAUGCUGCUGGAGAACGGCAGCAACCUGCUGCACAUGGGAAAUCUGUCUGGCUCCCAGGCUAUGAUGGUAGUCGACGGGACAGUUGCAGGCUCUGCGACUGGAGUCCAAGGCACCCUCAUCCAGGGAGGAUCUCUGGGCUCGGCGACUGGAGUCCAAGGCACCCUCAUCCAGGGAGGAUCUCUGUCAUCAGGACAGCAUUCAGGAACCCAGAGAGUUGUGAGGGUGGAGGAAGCAACCAGCGGCAGGGGGAGGGCGGGGAAGAGUGGGCGUUCGAGUCUUCAAAGAAUCGUCAGCACUAAAGGCAGCACUCAGACCAGCACUUCCUCCACUUCACUCAGUACCCCCACCAACACCACUCAGAAAGUUCUGAUCCAAGAAACCAGACAAAUUCGCUGAGACACCCUGAAGGGGAGGACUGGGGUGAGAAGGACUGCUGCUGGUGAUGGGAAGCAUCCUUACUAAUCUCAGUUUUUGGAGAAUCAGGAACUCUUAUUACGAGGAGUGUACAGACAGAUAAAUGGAUCGUCCAGGUUAACUCAUCGGAGCCACACAGAGGUUCAAAGGUUAGGACUGUCGUCCCCAAGCAGAAAGUCUGGCUAGGUUUUUUUUGUAUGUAGUCUGUAUUUUCUCCAUUUUGUAGCAUACUAAAGUGUGUGAAAUGUGUUCUCCACAUGAGACCCAUCCACACAGGACCCAUUAACCCACCAAUCCUACCUCCUAAUGCUAGUUUGCUAAUUUGGUAUCAUUGGUGGAUUUGAAUCCACGAUCUUCCAAUCUAAGAGCAGACACUCUACCUCUAGCCCACUAACAGAAACCCCGGUUUCCUCCCACAAUUCAAAAAUACCCUUCGUUAUUAAGAUUGGGUGCUCCAAAUUGUCCCUUAGCGUUUGUGUGGCUCUGCGAUGGAGAGGUGAACUUCACCACUUCACCCUGAAGUAGCUGCAGCAGUCUCCAGCAUCCUUCAGGACUCUGCACUGGAUCAUUGGACAAAGCAGGAAAGGAAGAAGGAUGGUUUCCAUGUUUUAUACAGUUUUGUUUUUAAAAGAGUAAAAUUUGAAAAUGUUUCCACUCUUAGGGGCUGUAAUGUUUUAGAAAUGAUUGUGAUUUUCCUUUUGGAUCUGUAUCUUAUGGUUUUUAAGAAUGUUUACGCUGUCUCGUGUAGGGAGUGUGUCAUAUUUAACUUCAGGCUUUUGCUGGUGAGAAGAUCUCAGCUGGUUUUUCUGAUUCUUCCUGUUAGCAGGACAAGAUCUGCUGUCACACUACUUAACCUUUGGGGCUUUGAGAGAUAUUUUUGUACAUGAAUGAGAAAAAUAAAUGUUUAUUUUCCCUGGC